AUGUUCAAUAACGAUGAAGAUGGAGGACUUUACUUUGAUCCUGAAGACCAAGAACUCAUCAAAUAUCAUCAGCUACCCAAGUUAGAAACGUAUCUACAACCCAAGUCGAAAGAUGAAGAGUGUGAAGACCUCAUCGUGAUGAAGAACGUUUACGAUAAGGAGCCAUGGUUGCUGGACAAUACUAAUCAUCCUUUGUUCAGGAAGAACGAGUGGUUUUAUUUCGUGACAAGGACUCAAGUGUCAGUGAAGAACAUUGGUCUUGGUAGUAACUCAAAGCGGAGGAUCGCCGGGGACAACGAUGGUGGGAGUUGGAAGCCUAACGCUAAAAAAUAUAUUGAGGACGAGGAAAAAAAGAAGACAAUAAUAGGGAAAAAGCAAACUCUAAAGUUCACUAAAAGCGACAACAAUAAGAGGCAGAAGAGAGGAGACGGUACUUCUGCUGCCGUUCCUGGGAGCAAUAGUAGCUGGAUUAUGUACGAGUAUUGGCUACCGGACGAAAAUACGUUUCAAGAACUAGUCCUGUGCAAGAUUCGCAAGAUAACCAAUUCUAAGGAUGAAGAAGUUGAAGCCGUGGAUGUGACAAAUGACGCAGAAGAAGAUGGGACUUGA